AUGCGCGCCCCGCCGCUGCUGCUGCUGCUGGCCGCCUGCGCGCCGCCGCCCCGCGCCACCGCCGCCGCCGCCCCGACGCCUCCGGGUUGGGAGCCGGCGGCCGACGCGCCCUGGUGCCCCUACAAGGUGCUGCCCGAGGGCCCCGAGGCGGGCGGCGGACGCCUGUGCUUCCGCAGCCCCGCGCGCGGCUUCCGCUGCCAGGCGCCCGGCUGCGCGGCGCACGCCUCGGCCGGCCGCUCCCUGCGCGCCAGCGUCCUGCGCAACCGUAGCGUGCUGCUGCAGUGGCGCCUGGCGCCGGCCGAGGCGCACCGCGUGCGCGCCUUCGCGCUCAACUGCUCGUGGCGCGGCGCCUACACGCGCUUCCCGUGCGAGCGCGUGCUGCUCGGCGCCUCCUGCCGCGACUACCUGCUGCCCGACGUGCACGACGGCGUGCGCUACCGCCUGUGCCUGCAGCCGCUGCCGCUGCGCGCCGAGCCCGCCGCCGCCGCCGCCCCCCCGGAGCCCGCCGCGCCCGCCGAGUGCGUGGAGUUCGCAGCCGAGCCGGCCGGCAUGCGGGAGAUCGUAGUGGCCAUGACGGCGGUGGGCGGCUCCAUCUGCGUCAUGCUGGUGGUCAUCUGCCUGCUCGUGGCCUACAUCACCGAGAACCUCAUGCACCCAGCUUUCGGGCGCCCCGGCCUGCGCAGGCAGCCCUGAAGCACCGGGCGGUCGCCCCACCGGGGCUCUGCCGGCCGGAGACUGGCGCCCGCUCCCCACUCCUCGCUCCUGCUCCCUCCUUAGGAUCUCCACGCAGGGCCUGCUGGAGACUGGUAGGGCCCCGGCCCCACGCCUGGGCCUCGGAGUCAUUGCACGACCUUUGGAGCCCGGCAGCUGCCUCCCAGACUCCAGCUCGGGACUCACCCUUGGGCCUGCGCAGGGGUGCCAGCCUCGUCUAGGGCUCUCCCUGCUUUCCAGAGGCCUUUAUAGGGGCCACCGGGACAUAACAGCCCCUUCUAGCAAGAGCCAUUGGAACCCCAGGUCAUCACCCUGCACCUCCAGCCUGUGCCAAGUUGGAAAAAACAGGCUGUCAUCAUUGCUUGGUCACUGUGUGCUUUGCCAACUGGAGGAGGCCCCUUGGAGCCUGUCCUCUCCCCACCUCACCCCAGUGGGCUUAGAUUAGCGUCGUGCCUUAGUGUCUUGGGCCCACUGCGGGAGCCAACCACCCGUCCUGUGCUGACCAAGGGGUUCUGUGGCCCUGGUCCUGGCCAGAGCCCCUUGAGAAACCUCCUUUCAAGCUUUGCAGGAGCCCCAAGUGUGGGUAAGGAGUGUGCGAUGGUGUUCCCCUACCUGGGUGACAGGCUGGGAACCAUGAUGUAGCGCAGCAGGUGAACCCCACCUGCACUUGCCAUGUCCAGGGCUGAAUGUUCUCUGACCUUCCGGGAAGCUGGCAGCUCUUCAGGGCUGCGUCUCAUUUUCUUUUGUGGGUGCUGCUUCUGAUGAGGGCUUUCAGUGAGUGGGGGCAAGUGGCUGGGAAGACGGCUUGUCUCAGAGGACAGUGUUGCAUCUGGAGAGCAGAAUUGAUGCCGGCCUUUCCCGGCACAACUUGCCACUGUGGUGUUUAUCCCAGGCCUCAACCACAGCAUGAUGGACAGCACCACUCCACCUCUUACUCGCGUUGGCAGCCAAGAGCCCAGGAUAUGGCUGGUGAUGCUGCUACCCACUGGACUGUCCCUUUCUGGGAAGACCCAAGCACCCUGGCCAAGGUUGCUCCUUGAGCUGGGCACCUGGCAUCACCAAGAGGGGUAAGGCACACCUCGGCUCUCCGCAAGUCCCUGACUGACCAUCCUGGACCUUGUACUUCUGGAGUCACUGUGGCUAACCCCUCUCCACCGUCACCCCAGCAGCCUCCAGUGACCCCAGGUCCUGGCUGGUGUCCCCACAGUGCCCGCUCCCUACCUCUCUGUCUUUGCUCGGCCUGCCCCUGGCAUGGCGCUGGUCAGGCGUGAGCCUGGCGUCAAUGUCUAAAUGUCCAUCAUUUUAGACCAAAA